CGGCGGUCCCCACUGGCACAACACUUGACUCGCUGCUCCAAAUAACUCGCCUACUGGCGAAAUAAGACAAGAUGAAGUCAAAAAUAUCAAUAUAUUUAUUAACAAUCCUAGCCGCUUGUUAUGGACAACUGGAUAUAGGAAAAUAUCUGAAGGUGUGCGACAGAAACUCUGCAGAUGUCAACGAUUGUAUGGUGGACGCCGUACAAGACGGCCUCGCAGUCCUAGCCAAUGGUAUCGAGGACUUGGGGGUGCCAGCAGUGGAUCCGUACCAUCAGAAGGAAUUGCGGGUUGAAUACAAGAACAAUCAAAUUGCAGCCAAAAUGUCAAUGAGAGAUAUUUUCGUCUAUGGCCUGAAAGAAGCUAAAGUACAUGAUGCAAGACUUCGUGCAGAUGAGGAUCGGUUUCACUUGGAAGUAGAUUUGACGGCGCCGAAGGUGUUCGUAACGGGGCAGUAUGAAGGAGAAGGCCGCUACAACUCGCUACGUAUUAACGCACACGGGACAUUCAACGCAACUAUGACCGAUUUAGUAUAUACUUGGAAAUUAGAUGGAAUACCAGAGAAGAGGGAUGACAAAAUCUAUGUUAGAAUAAAUUCAUUCUACAUGCGACCAGAUGUGGGAAACAUUGAGUCAUAUCUUUCGAAUGAUAAUCCAGAGACAAGAGAACUAACAAAUUUGGGAAAUCGAUUUUCAAAUAACAACUGGAGAGCACUAUACAGAGAAUUUCUUCCCAUUGCGCAAGACAAUUGGAAUAAAAUUGGAAUUCGUGUGGCCAACAAGAUAUUUCUAAAAGUACCGUACGAUCAACUAUUUCCUGCUAAUAACUAAUUUCUGUUAAUUGUUCUAGUAAUUAAUUGCGUAUACCUAUAGGUAAGAUUGAAUUAAAGGACUGUUUUGCAUUCCAUUUUUUCGUGUGACAAGAUAUCAACCAAAUUUUUUGUUGAUUUAAUUAUUAUUAUUUAUUGUUUUAAGUAUGUGCCGUAUGGUUUCAGGCACUUUAGAAUAGAACCACUCCUCCAUACCUUACCUACGGAUCUCGCAAAAAGUAACUAAGGGAUAGGAUGAACUUAAGAUUCCAAACUGAAUCUCAAUUCCAUCAUAAAGCCAUACAGCUGAACGUGGCCUUUAAGUAUUUUCAAGACUGUUGGCUCUGCCUACCCCGCAAGGGAUUUAGACGUGACUAUAUGCAUGUAUAAUUAUAAUUAGGUAGAUAUUUAGUUGUUUAAUUUUUGAUAAAGCCAAUCAAAGAAAUUUAAGGAAAUAAAUAAAGUAGGUAGGUAGAUAACCUAAGACCGAGCGUCUUGGUGUAGAAAAGACCAAACCCCAAAUAAUCGGACCAGGAACGGAAGAAGAAGAAAAUAAGCUGGUAGAUAGGCAAAUAAAAUGAAAAAAAUGACGAAACGUUUCGAGAAAAGGUAGAUAGGUACCUUGUGCCCCUACGCUUCGCUUGGCUCGUCUUGGAAGGGGCACUACCCUAUCCCCUUAAUAAAAUGUAAAUAUACGACGACUUUAUCUUAAAAUAAAAAUUAUA